AUGGCGUCGGCACCGGGGCAGUGGGCGUGGAUGGCCGCGGUGGCGGCGGAGGAGCUGGCGAAGCUGGAGGCCACGCACCCGGGCCGCCUCGGCCCGCUCAAGGACGAGCUCAGGCGCCUCGUCGCCGAGCCCGGCUGGGACGACGACGACGCGUUCGCGCUCGCCUGCCUGGACGGCGGCGCCCCCGCCGGCUGCUCCUCCCCCUCCUCCUCCUCCCACCCUGCUGCGCCGGCGGACCUUAUGUUCACUCAAGAGUCCUCGACCAACAAGAGGAAGUGGUGCGGCGGCGGCGGCGCGGUCGACCGCGAGCAGGGGAAGCGCCGGAGGAAGAAUGCGGCUUCCGGGGUGAAGGACCGGGCGGACAUGGCCAUCGACCGCGCCAAGAAGUGCCUCAAGAAGAUACGCGCCAUCAAGCGGAGCUUGCUUGCCUGUGUCACGGAUUGA